CAACCGGCUGCUUUGCUUUACCACCCUGUAUCCUGAUACACAUAUCAACAUCUUUGUACGCUUGAUUCGUUUUAUUAUUCAGGCAAUGAAUUGUAUUAUGUCAAGAGAAUGUGCGUGAAAAUGACAAGUUAGUGUUUCGAUCCGGUUAAUUUGAAGUCAACAACUUUGUAAUUUUAGUUUACAUAAAAGCUUGUAGGUUUAAUAUUUUUACAUUUAUCACUGAAUGUGUUUCUUUAGUAAUUGAAAAAUGCAAUUCACCGGAAAGACCGAUCUUUUAGGCUUAUUGAGCUAGCCUAACUUCGAAUUCAAACUAUUAUUGUUUUUAUAUUAAUAGUCUACAUUGCACCUCUUUAACUGUACAUUUUAGUAAUUUAUAAAAAAUCUAACAGGAUCUUUAAUUGCAAAGAACAUGUUCAAAUUUGUGCUUAAUUAUUUUGUAUUUUUUAUUACUAUAGUGUUAGUUACAGUGAGUGAUGUGGUCAGUUUUGGUGAAGUUAUAUAUGCUAUAAAUGCUGGAGGUGAAGCAUUCACUGAUAGUUUAGGAAUUAAAUAUGACAGAGAUCCUUUAUUUGGGAAAGUAGGAACCGCAUCAGACUAUGGAAAACAACUUUUAAUAGGACGGGUUCCUCCUAGUGAUCAAAUACUAUACCAAACAGAACGAUAUCAUCACAGUACUUUUGGAUAUGAUAUUCCAAUAAACGAUGAUGGAGAGUAUGUCAUGGUGCUCAAAUUCUGUGAAGUUUAUUUCAAUUCACCUAACAUGAAGGUGUUUGACAUUGUCCUAAACGGCGACCACACAAUAGUGACUGACCUGGACAUCUACGAUCGGGUGGGGCGGGGGGUAGCACAUGAUGAGUACGUCACCUUCAGUGUCAACAGAGGCCGAUUGUACUACAACGAAGAGGAAUCCGAUAUCCGAGGUGGCAAGAUUCGAGUUGAAUUUAUCAAAGGAUACCGAGACAAUCCCAAGAUAAAUGCAAUUUAUGUCGCCAAAACAAAAAUAGAAGAUGUGCCUAAACUACCUCCGCUACCGGAGGUGGAAGAGUGGAAGGGAGAUGAAGUAGAGGAGCGUCCGUCCAGUGGCAAGAACCGACGUGCCAGUGGCCCACGCACGCCGGACCCUUACAGCGUCGAGGACUCUUCGAUCAUGUUGCCCGUAUUCGUGGCGAUCGGUGCAUUUAUUCCGCUGUUGUUCUGCCUGUGCAAACUCUGAUCAUCGUCAGCUGUCACUGUCAGCACUCUGUCAUCAUCGUGUCACAUAUCCCCACCACACAUCGUCACACCUGUGUCACGUGCAAGUCGUCUUUCUUUACCCUUUGUUUCUAUUCCCUCGAUUCAACCAGUAUUCGAAUCGAUCCAGCUUUGUAGUAAUUUAUUCGUAAGGACAUUAAACAUUGCUCACCUCAACUGUGCAAAUUCUAUGUUAGUCAUUGUUGCUAUAUGGUUUUUUUAGUCCAGGUAGUUUUCCUUAUUACAGUGAAAUUCUUAAGCACAAGUUCCAGUACAGUUGAAAAGUUUCCGUUGCGUUUUGCAUUUUCAAUUAAGUUUCUAACAAUGCUCAAGGUAACGUUUGCACUAAAGCAAUUUUUAAUCAUAUCUGUAAAAGUAUCUUAUGGAGACUAUGUUUGACUGUUCAAAAACUGUGUUGUAAAUUAAUGGAUUGAAAAGUUGACCAAUAAAUUAAAAAUGUAAUAAAACAAAUGAAAAUGAGAAAAAGAGAGAAUUAAUAAGGCGUCAGGUUCUGAAUGACCUUAAUAAUUACAAAAUUUAAAUUUUUCAAGUGAGAUCCUUUGUUGCUCAUCUUGUAUCAGUAAUAAGUCGAGGAUCUUUAAUAUUGCUUUCUAUCCGUGUUCGGUAUUUCAUUAAUUAUUUGAUUUAAUUUCACUAUUAACUGUGGCCAGAUAGAUUGUAAGUAACUGUACAUGUGAGGAUCGUUCAUUUUUUUCUGGUGAUGUUCUCAUUGAAUAGGCAGCCUCCUACAGGAAUAUUGUUGGGUAGGGAUGGCAUGUCUCAUUGUUAUAUUUUGGUCACUAACACAACACCAUCAUAUUGUCCCCCUACAUUGUCCAAAGCACAACACGUUAUUUUAAAGUUCUUAACAAACGAAAGAAUCAACUUGGUAUUAUUUCUAGAUUAACAACACAAUCUGGAAUGCAAGGCAUCCAUUUUUAGUAAAGAGCUUGAGCUGUGUUGCCUAAAUUUCUUUCAAUAGUUUCAUUUGUAAUAAAAUUAUUUAUAUUCUAAUUAUACUUACAAUUUUUGUCGAUCUUGUUUGUAUAAAUUUAGUCAAAGUUAGCGGUGAAAUAAAAUUAUAUAUUAGUAAAGAUUUUUUUUGUCAAAUUAGUAAAUUAAACUGACAUGAGUGUUUUAGAUUAUGUGAAAAAAACAUGAUUAAUUUUGAAAUUUUUAGCUAAAUGUUCAUAUUGUUCCAUAGCUAGUAAUAAAAAAUAAAUCACUGUGACAUUUUAUGCCACAUCUGAAGUCGUGUUAGUAAGACAGAGCUGGAUACUAAUGACCGAAGUGAAAUAACAAACCAAUAGACCAUGCUAAAUCUCUCAGGUCAAUCAUGUCUUUUUAGCCCAUCAACUUUAGAAUGAGUAAUUGUAACAUUAGUCAGAAAAAAAAUUCCAUUAAUCUUGAAAGUGUCAUAAAUUAAUAUCACAGUGACUGGUUUAAAUUCUGCAAUAGACAUUGGUAACCAAAAUUAUAAGUGAUUACCACAAAAAAUUGUUUGUAAUAAGUUUGUAGAAAAUAACUUGUGUUAUUCGUGACCAAAGAUGUGAAAGAUAGGAUCUUGUGUUUCUCCCACCCGUACAUCUCCAAUGAACCUACUUCACUGCUUUUAUCUCUUUGGAAAUCUAAUUGAUGUUUGCAUUGAAUGUAUAAGUGGCACCUAUUGUUUUAAUCUGUAUGUUAAAAAAAAACAAAAUUCAAUGUAAUGGAAAAGUUAAGAAUAAUUUUACCUUUUUAGGCACAAGGAACCAUUGGUGUUGAAUAAUACACUACUCUCAAUGUGGAGGCACCUAAUUUCCUGAGCGACUUUCACUGACCCCAAACAAUUCAUGUUUGCACACGCUGGUCUAUGUGUAUGAAUAUAUUUACGUAUGUAUUGGUUCUAUUUGUUUUCAAAAACUUGGGAGCAAGUGUGUGUUAAGAUUAGAGUGUGAAAAUGAGAUAGUUUUUUAAAUUUGUUACAAGUUUUACUAUUAGAUUGUUCUUUUUAUGUGAUUCGGAAAAAUUUAUUUUUUGCUAAAAAUACUUAAUUUUGGGUUAAUAAUUAACAAAAAAGAAUUUUUAAUGUCUUAAACCUGACACUGACGAUUUCAUUCUUAUUUUUGGAUUUUAUUCGCUCCAUACCAUUAUUCAUGUUGAUGAGUUGCUGGGAGAAGGGGGAGAGUCUGGUGGUCUAAUAAUUCAAAGAGAUUGUAGUACUGAUGUGUACAGGUAUUAAGGUUUUUUCAGUUAGUACAGCCUCUUGUGGAAUCAAUACCAAUUAUCAGCCAUGUUGGAUCUGUACUCUGUGUUUUGCAACCUUUGGAUUGUACAAGUUGAAUGGUUCCAAAAGAAUAGGCAUAUUCAUUCCUUCAAUUUUAUUUUAUGCUUGGAUGGACAAAACCUUUUUUAAUCAGAUUUUUUUACUAAGGGACACUUGGUAAUUUACGGAAACACAGAAAGAGAUUUCGUUUGUGAAGCAACCCUGUCUGUUUAUACAUUUUUGCUACAACUAGUUGAAGUAUUUUGUUUAGUUAAAAGGACUUCUGAACCAGUUGUGAUAUGUUUCUUUCACCUCUUUGACAGCCUAAUAAUGGUUUACUGGCAGCACAUGGUGUACAAUAGUGAUAGUAUGAUCUUUUCCAAUAGUUAACUUUUUAAUAGAUAUUCCAAAAAAACUGUCUCCAGACUGAAGAAACAGGUUGUUUAUUUUUUUGUGUGCCAUCCUCUCUGGCAAUGUAUUAAAUUUUAUUGUUCCCUGGUACAGAUUUGAGCAUAUGAAAGUGAAUUCAGAAUCAUCCACAGACACUAAAAGUCUUCUGGAUUUCACUUGAACAGCUGCAAUCUGUCCUCAGAACACAUCACAAGAUUAAAAAAAAAAUCUUUUUUUGAAAAUCACUUGACUUUUAUAACAAAUGUUACACAUAGCCUGUAUACACACCAGUACUGCAGUCCCUGACGUUAUAUGAACUUAUCAAACUGCUCUUGUGAUCUUUAAAGAUUGAUAAAAAUGUAACCUUUAAUAUUUUGACCUUAACCAAUAGUUCGACCACUCCUCCAGCAAAAUGUUCUUUUCAACUUUCCGCAUCACAUAUUCGUUAUAUUUGGUAUUAGAAUCACUUAUUUUCUACUUGCAUAACUUAAAUUAGUUCGCAAAAAAUGAAUGUUAUACUCUUUAAUAUUAUUAAUUUUAUUUAUUUAUCAUAAGACUUUAUGUCUGCUCUAUUAAUAUUGUUUAAAAUAUAUGCAUGUUAAAUUUGUUUUAUUUUUUAAAGAUUUAUUUGUAUUUUUAGUUUCAUUUAUCAAAUCAACUCUGAUUUGGAAAAUACUCUGUAGAACUCCUGAUUUUUAUUUAUAGUGUUUGUUAUUAAUUAAUGCAUGAUUAUAUUACAGUAUAAUGUUUAUAAUAAGUUAUCGUUUGAAAAAUUAAGGUACAUUAUUGUAAUCAGUUAACCUUCAAAGUGGCAUGUUACAUCUAGAGAUGCAGUUUAAUAGACUUGUGUGGUACAGAUUAAAGUGUUGAUAAAUUUUAAUGUAUUCUGUUAUUCAACAUAAAUUAUGCAUUUGAUUUUUAUAUAAUAAUAUGUAUAUGACAUAUUCUAUUAACUGAAGAAAUUUACGAGAUUUAACUAAUAAAUUUGGGAUUUUUAUUUGUGGUUGA